AUGCAACUCCUGCGAGCUGAGAUGCCGCCACCCCCUUUAGAAGAUCCCAUCAUUGUUUCCUUGUUGCUUCGAAUCCAAUUGCUGGGUAUGCUCGCCCAUGAAGAGGAACAGCAGCCACCCUCGCCGCAAUUACCAGUCUCCCUUCCCUUUCUAUCAGUCGAGCAGGAAGAGACUUCACAUGCGCCAGGUAAUGAGCCUGUGGUCACAUUCGACCCAUACCCCAAGCCGGAGCAGCACGAACCUGAGGCCCAGACAGAGGCUGUCGUUCGCACUGCAGAGUCAGACCCUCAGAUCACGAUUGAGAGUCUACCUUUUCUGAAUUCUGGCCCUCCUACUCCUCUUUCCGAUUUGGAAGUAUGCCGCGAAAAUGUUCUAAUUCAGGAGCGCCUCAAAAACACCUUCUCCAGCGAGCUUUCCAAGAAACAAAAGGCAAUAGCGAAGAAAAAUGCCGUGCUUCGGGACGAAUACAUGUCUUAUUACAAGCCCUGGCGUUUGGCGAUUUGGGAGUUGGACCGUUUCAAGGACAAGAAGCCAAUGACUCCGGGCCCUGCAUCGCCACCCGCCCCCCCGGCUCCUGUGUCCCCUGCACCCACACAAGAAGGACGCGAGAGUCGACGAUACAAGGGAAAUAGCGAGCUUGACUUCCUCAAUGCGCUGCGAGCCUCCGAAAUUUCUGCGCAAGAAGAGCUAGAACGACGCAGAACCAAAAUGGCGACGGCUCGCCCUGACUUGAGCCGCGAGGCAAUCAUUCCAGAUAUGCUAGAGCGUGAGGAGGAGAUUGCUCGCAUUUACAAGGAUGUAAACAAUAUCGUCGAAGCCCGCCAUGCUUUGGAUGUCUUCGGCUUUAUCCCCCCCUCGAAACGACUUCACUGA